AUGUCUCUCGAGCAAUGGGAGCGUCAAGCCCAAAAAGGAAGAGAUAUCCUCACCAACUCCAUUCCGAAACAAUGGCUUGCACCAGCCGACAGUCUCCCUCCUGUUACACAGAAGAAUGUGAUUGAUUUCCCAACGAAAAGUGGACUCCUGAGCGAGCGUGAGCUCUCAAUCACGGACCUCUCUGCCACACAACUGGUCGCGGAAAUGGGAGCGGGGAAGCUCAAGGCAGAGGAGGUAGUGGUGGCAUUCUUGAAAAGGGCAGUAUUAGGCCACCAGCUGCUGAACUUCGCAACGGAAUUUUUAGCCGAUGAGGCAGUUGCUCGAGCCAAAGAAUUGGAUGCACACUUUCAACGUACUGGAAAACUGGUCGGACCUCUGCAUGGCGUUCCGAUUAGCGUUAAGGAGCACAUCGGGAUGAAGGACAAGACUUGCAACACAGGUUAUGUUGCCUGGGUCGAUCAAGUCGCCACCGAGGAUGCCCAUUUGCUUCAAUUGCUAGCUAAAGCUGGUGCAGUGUUCCAUGUCCGAACCAACCAGCCUCAAGCCCUCAUGCAUCUUUGCUGCAACAAUAAUAUUACAGGAGCCACACUCAACCCAUACAACCGUACCUUGACUCCAGGGGGGUCGUCAGGUGGUGAAGGAGCUUCAACGGGGUUCAAGUGUGCACCACUUGGUAUUGGUACCGAUAUCGGUGGAUCUAUUCGUUGUCCAGCUGCCUUUUGCGGUUCAUACGGAUUCCGGCCCACAUCAAUGCGCAACCCACUUGCUGGAGCCAAAGUCGCGGCUAUUGGACAAGAGACGAUUCACGGUGUCAUCGGGCCUUUGUCAAGCACUUCCUUGGAGGAUAUUGAACUGUUCCAAAAAGCUGUCUUGGAUCAAGAGCCCUGGGAUGUUGAAACGUCCUUAGUGCCAGUCCCGUGGAAGACAGUAGCUCCUACUCGGAGCAUGACUGUGGCUAUUAUGUGGGAUGAUGGUUGCGUUCGCCCCCAUCCCCCUAUUGUCAGGGCCCUCAAACUUGCGAAAGAAAGGUUGCUUGCAGCUGGAAUCAAGGUUGUGGAUUGGGAGCCAUAUAAGCAUGAUCAUGGGUGGAAAAUCAUCUCUAGCCUUUACUACCCCGACGCCGCCGCCUUACAACGCAAAAUGAUUCGCGAAUCAGGCGAGCCAGUCCUCCCACUGAGCGAAUGGUGCUUCAAUUACUCCCGAGCUGUUCCACUCACUCACCCCGAAGCAUGGGAGCUACAAUACGAGCGUGACGUUUAUCGCGACGACUACAACGCUGUGAUGAAGUCCCGUGGCGUCGACUUUAUCAUUUCCCCUACCUAUACCGGCGUCGCAGCUGUAUAUGGCGAGUCACAUUACUGGAACUACACUGCAAUCUGGAAUGUGCUGGACCUUCCUUCGGUUGUGUUCCCAUCAGGUCUUACGGUUGACUCGAAGCUGGAUGCGUUGACCGAGCAGGAUCAGAAAUAUAAGCCACGUAAUGAGGUUGAUGAAAGGGAGUGGGAGAAAUAUCAGAGCCCGGAAAGGUAUGAAGGUGCGCCUGUGGCGUUGCAAGUUGCUGGUAGACAUUUUAAGGAUGAAGAGACAUUGGCUGCGGCCAAGUUGAUUGAGGAAAUUAUCAAGAAUGGGAAGAAGGUGUCUAAGCUUUGA